AUGCAUCGUACGCGUGAUAUAUCAGCACCAAAAUCAUACAAUAAUGGUGGCGGUGGUGGUCAUGUUAAAAGACAACGCGAACUUACAUCGAUAACAAAUAAUCUAUUGUUAGCUAAAACAUUAGCUAUGGCUUCAACAACCAUGCCAUCACUCCCACGACAGACUCUAUCAAUGAGUUCAAUAAAAGAAAAUAUUCCUAUCAACGAAUCAACAUCAAAUGUCGAAAUACCAUCACAAUUCCAACAACAACAGCAACAAAAAGCAGCACUUCAUACAUUACAAUUAACGGCUGCGCUAAAUGAUCCAACAUUUAUAAAUUAUUAUCAAACAUUAGUUAAUAAAAACAUGACAAAUCACAACAAUCAUUUCGAUAAUUUACCUAGUAACAAUUUAUCUAUCAUUCAUAAUUCUAAUUUAAAUUAUUCAUCUACUUAUUUAAAUACAAAAAAUCACAAUAAUUUGGAUUCUUCUUCUUCAUUAGUUAAUUUAUCAUUACCUUGUAGUAUGUUAACACAAAAGGAAUCGAAACGGACAACAUCAGAUUCGUCAACAAUGACGUAUUUAUGUCGUUUUCGUUUACGCAAUCGUCUAAUUGAAAUACCAACAAGUGAAUAUAAUUUGACACAUGACUAUUUAAAACAAUUAAUUAUUCGUGAAUUUCAAUUACAACAAAUACCAAAACAUAUGCUAAUUAUACAAAUGUGGAAUGAAAAAUAUCGGGAAUAUAUUGAUAUUGAAUCAUUUAAACGUUUUCCAGAUGAAGGACGAUUACAAGUGUUAAUAGAAAAAGAUUUAAAUAGUUCAACUAAUGAAAAUAGUGAAUCAACAACGUCAAAAACAUUAAACAGUUUAUCAACGACACCAACAAAUAGCGAUGGGAAUAAUAUUAAAAGUUCAAUGAUUACUCCUGCACCAAUGCUAACAAAUCAAUGUACAACGCCUACUAUUACGGCAACAACAUCGUUACCUACAACACCGAUGACAAUUUUAGAUGAAAACAACGGUAAUUAUCCAUCGACUUUGAGUACAGUAACAAAUCGUCAUAAUAAUAAUAAUAAUGAUGGUGAUAAACAGAACGAUUUAAUUAGCAGUAAUAACAGCAAUCUAUUAUCAUCACAAUUAAAUAUCAAAAUGGAACGAAUCUAUGAUGAUGCUAUGAGCACUGCUUCACCAACAAUGAAUACCGAGAAUACAUUAAAUCACAAUAUAAUUAAUAAAAGUGAUAUUGUGUACGAUUUAUUACCAAAACCACUGACGGGUAUAGAAAUACCUCGGUUUCCACCACAUAUCGCUGCAUUUCUUAAUGGUUCAGCUGAUCAAAAUCAAUUGAAUGCAUUAGUACAAGCAUUAUAUCAAGAAAUCGUUAAAUAUGAGUUAUAUCCCAAUGCAGACGAAUUACGUUCAAUUGUUAGUCGACUUGUUGAACGUUAUCCGAAUAGUGUACUAGUUAUUGGUAGUAUUGAAUUAUUGGUCAGAAAAUUAUAUUAUAAAUUUUGUAACGAACGAAAAAAAUAUCCUGUUGAAUUAAAACGUCGUCAACCAAAUAAACGUAAACGCUUAAUGCGUGAAGAUGAAUUAAUGUUAAAUAUGAUGUCAUCGCCAUCAUCAAUACCAAAUUUAAACAGUAAUGCUGUUAGUAUCAGUGAUCAACGUUUAGAUUCGAUGAUGUCAUGUUUUCUAUGGACAAAUAAUGCGAAAGAACUAGCAUUAGCCAGCAGUGCAUUGAAUGAAUCAUUGUUGGAGAUCAAUGAACAACAACAAACAAGUCCAAUAGUUAGUCCGUCAAAUCAUCAACAAAACGAAGGAUCACCGGCAUCAUCAUCUUCAGCAUCACCUCAAAACAACGUCGAUUUAAAUCGUAACAAUAAUAGUUUGAGUGUUCAACAUCCACUAAAUUUAUCCAUAUCUACAACAAAUCAUCUUAUGUGUUCAGAUUAA